AUGUUGGGCAUCAGCAUCAACAGCUCUUUCCGCACCGUGGGACCCAGCCGUAACAUCGCUUCUCAGGGUGUCCGGUCCUCGGUCCUCGCCACCCGCCUGCGGUCAGGGCGACGCCCCUGCCGAGUGUGCUCCAAGUGCCACUUCUUCCAAGGGCUCAUCACGUUGUGUCACCUGUUUGUCUUCCUGAAAAGCAGCCAGAUCGAAGGUACAUGUGAACUGGACUGCAUCGAAAUUGCAGAUGCAUUCACAGGGGAGCAGACACUUUACGAGGUUGGUGCCGAGCGGGUGAACCCAGGAAGCAAAUCAGCACCUUCCAUCCAGCAGGCCGGAAGAAGGGGCCGGGGAGGAGCUUACGAAAUAGUUCAGGUCUCUGUCUUGAACGGAGCCCUCUGGGACCCCACGGAGAGCAUCCACUCAAAGAAUCAUCCGGACGUGUUGAAUAUUCGAAUACAACUGGAAAGCAAAGAGCUGAUCGUAAACCUGGAAAGAAACGAAGGCCUCAUCGCUAACAGCUUCACAGAAACCCAUUAUCUGCUGGAUGGCACCGAUGUCUCCCUCACUCGAAAUUACACGCGCGAGUCCUUGGUGACUGAGGCGAGAAGGCCGGUCACCCCGUGUGGCCAAGGACGAGGGAUGGGCUUGGGAGCCACGUCCACCUGGGGCUUCCCGGCUGUGCCGCUGACCAGCUGUGUGACUGGGGGACUUAUUACAUUUGAAAAUAACACGUAUCUCUUGGAACCAAUGAAAAAUGAAACCAAUGAAUACAAGCUCUUCCCGGUGGAGAACCUGAGAGGCACCUGGGGGUCCUGCGGAUCACAUCACGGCACGUCUGCCCCGGCUGCAGAGACCAGGCUCCCGCCGCCCUCCCAGACGUGGGCAAGAAGGCAUAAAAGAGAGACCCUCAAGAUGACCAAGUACGUAGAGCUGGUUAUUGUCGCGGACAACCGAGAGUUUCAGAGGCAAGGAAAAGAUCUGGAAAAAGUUAAGCAGCGAUUAAUAGAGAUCGCUAAUCACGUUGACAAGUUUUACAGACCACUGAACAUUCGGAUAGUGCUGGUGGGCGUCGAGGUAUGGAAUGACAUCGACAAAUGCUCGAUUAGUCAGGACCCGUUCACAAGCCUCCACGAAUUCCUGGACUGGAGAAAGAUGAAGCUUCUACCUCGAAAAUCACAUGACAACGCCCAGCUUAUCAGUGGGGUUUAUUUCCAAGGGACCACCAUUGGCAUGGCACCCAUCAUGAGCAUGUGCACAGCAGAGCAGUCUGGAGGAAUCGUCAUGGACCAUUCAGACAGCCCCCUUGGCGCAGCUGUGACCCUGGCACACGAGCUGGGCCACAAUUUCGGGAUGAACCAUGACACUCUGGAGAGAGGCUGUGGCUGCAGUGUGGCUGCUGACAAAGGAGGCUGUAUCAUGAACCCUUCGACCGGGUUCCCUUUCCCCAUGGUGUUCAGCAGCUGCAGCAAGGAGGACCUAGAGGCCAGCCUGGAGAAAGGCAUGGGAAUGUGCCUCUUCAACCUGCCGGAAGUGAAGCAGUCUUUCGGGGGCCAGAAGUGCGGGAACGGAUAUGUGGAGCAAGGAGAGGAGUGUGACUGUGGCGGGCCGGAGGAAUGUACGAACGUCUGCUGCAAUGCCACCACCUGUACCCUGAAGCCGGACGCUGUGUGCGCACACGGGCUGUGCUGUGAAGACUGUCGGAUCUGCCUCAAUCGUCGAUGUCAAAACAUAAGUGUCUUCGGCGUUCAUGAAUGUGCCAAGCAGUGCCACAGCAGAGGGUCUCUCUACCACAAGCUGCAAACAGGGCACACGACUCUGGUUUGCGUUGGGAGACUGUGCGAAACGGUGUGGCCAGGACGGUGCCUGAAUCCUGGUGGGUGUUACGUCAACAGCGGCAUCGCUGAGGAACAGGCGACACUCGACAACCAAGGUUUGACCAUAGGAGUCCUGGUGACGAUCCUGUGUCUUCUCGCUGCUGGAUUUGUAGUUUAUCUGAAAAGGAAGACGCUAAUACGCCUGCUGUUUACAGAUAAAAAAACCACCAUCGAAAAGCUAAGGUGUGUGCGCCCUUCUCGGCCGUCGCGUGGCUCGAACCCUGGCCAGGCUCACCUCAGCCACCUCAGCAAAGGCCUGAUGAGGAAGCCACCACAUUCCAACAUGUCGAAGGACAACGCCAGGAGGUGGCCACAGUGUCAGAAUCUUGACAUCAGCGGACCCCUCACAGCCCUCGACGCCCCUCCGCCCAGUUCGCCUCAGCGAGUGCUCCCGCCUCUCCAGAAGGCUCCCCGUGCACCCCUCGUCCCCGCCAGACCCCUGCCGGCCAACCCUGCUCUUCGGCAGGCCCAGGGAACUCGGAAGCCAAACCCUCCUCAGAAGCCUCUGCCUGCAGAUCCUUUGAGUAAGACCUCCCGGUUCACCAGCCCCUCCGCCAGGGCCCUGGGGCAGCCGGAGUCUGGGCUCUGCCUGGUGCCGCUCAGACCCGCUCCGAAACACCCACGUCAAGUGCCCAGACCUACCCACGCUGCCUACGCGAAGUGA